AUGGAAACUGAACUAGUUAAUGCCAAGAUACAUAGCAACACUCUGAAAGGGCGGUUGACUGAGCAAAAUCAUGCUUGCGAGGAUCGAAGUCAACGAGAUGAGUGGAUGGUACUGCCUCCAGACUCAACUGGAAGGGCUUCAAGGGUGGAUCCAACUAAAUUAAGAAGUCGAAAGUUUCAAAGUGGAAGAUCGGCACCGAGUUCCCAAUCAGGAGGAAUAGAUUCGUCUUGGACGGAAACACCAGAGGAAAAAAUCAAACGUUUACAAGAUAAAGUCAUGGGUGUCAGCACAGGCACACUUGGUACAUACAAUGGUCAAGUAACUCGACCUGCCAGGUUAUCACAGGCUAUGCAGGAGAGAAUCCACAAGUACAACGAUAAAAAACAGAAAUCUAAUGCAGCUGGAAAUGUAUCACAACCUCUUCAGCCGUGUAAAAAGGGCAAUGAGGACGAUCCUAGCACUCGCCCCUUUGAUAAAGAAAAGGAUAUGGCCAUCUCCUCUAAGAUAACCAACUCACAACGUCGGGAGGUGAUUAAUAAGGCCGCUGACUUCGGCUCUCGAUUCAGUAAGGGAAAUUAUUUAUAA